GGAGCAUGGAGCGGUUUAAAUGAAGCGUACGUGCAAAGAUGGCAGCGCAAGGCGACUUGCUCCGUGCGAAAGUAAAAGACGAACGGAUGAGGGACAGCUUUGAUCGAUUCAUCAAAGAGAAGAAGAAGAAGAAGAAGAGAGACCUGUCUCCGCCGGACGAGCGACGGAGGAGGUGCGAGAAGGAGGCGAAGAAGGUGAAGCUCCAUCACCACCAUCACCACAUCCGCACCGAGCACCGGAGCCUUCAGCCGCAUCAGCCGCAGCAAAAACCCAAAAGCCAGAACUUGAGCUCGGACAAACACGUCCUGCACGUCCACCGCGAGCACGUGCACGGACUCUGCAACGGCACCAAGAAGAGCGUGCAGCCCGCCUUCCCCCCGCAGACACCUGCGCUCUUCACUCUCACGCCCCUCAAGGUGGCCAAGGCCAGACCGCCGGAGGUUCGAGACCCGCACCGGGACAAGGAGCCCAAACUGAAGCUGAAGAAGGAAAACUCCGAGGCUAAUGUGAAACACCCCGAGCUGAAGAAGAAGGAGUUGAAGCUCCACAAUGAAAACGGCAAGUCUCUAACGCUGGAGGAGUAUCUCCUGAAGAAGAAGAAGAAGAAGAAAAGGCAUCGCGAGGAUGAGCAUGUUGUUAAGAAGGUCCGACACAUGCACACCAAAGCAGUCCAGACUGUGUGCAUAGGGUUUGGAGCCGACUUCAAAGCACCCGUACGUCCCGAUGCGUCUCUGCCUGCCGCCAUCAAGCAGGAAGGCAGCCGCCAUCUUAACAGUGACGCUGUCAACCGCUGCCCUCCCUACCUCUGUGCUCUCAAACUGGGCCAUGCCGCCUUUUACUCCCAUCAAGACCACUACAUACGAAGCUCCUGCCUCCAGACAGGUACCAGGUACGGGCGUUUCAUGCACGAGGAGAGGCAACCCAACGGAGGGGGGGUUGUUCUGCAUGCCUACGCUGACGAGUUGGCUUGCCUCAGUCCGGCUGAGAUGGAGUGCUUCGCCCAGGAGUUCCUGAACUUGACCUUUGCUGAAAAGCCCAAAGGUGCGGCGGUCUAUGCCUUGACGGUGGUGCACAGGGCUGCGUCCUACCUGCCUGACUUCCUGGACUACUUUGCCUUCAAUUUCCCCAACACACCAGUCAAAAUGGAAAUACUUGGCAAGAAAGACAUUGAGACCACCACGAUUGGCAACUUUCAUGAUCAGGUGAACCGGACUUACUGUUCAGGAACGUACCGAGCCGGACCCAUGAGGCAGAUCAGCUUAGUGGGAGCCGUGGACGAGGAAGUUGGAGAUUAUUUCCCAGAGUUCCUGGACAUGCUGGAAGAGUCGCCACUUCUCAAGAUGACCCUGCCAUGGGGAACCCUCUCCAGCCUGAAGCUGGACUGUCGCUCCCAGAGUGACGAUGGUCCGAUCAUGUGGGUACGACCGGGUGAACAAAUGGUACCCACAGCCGAUAUGCCCAAGUCUCCGUUCAAACGGCGCAGAUCCAUGAAUGAGAUAAAAAACCUGCACUACCUGCCGAGAGCCAGCGAGCCCAGAGAGGUUCUGUUUGAGGACCGGACUAAGGCUCACGCAGAUCAUGUAGGUCAGAGUUUUGACUGGCAGAGCACGGCUGCUGUGGGUGUCCUGAAGGCGGUGCACUUUGGAGAAGGGGAGAACCGGCCUCGAGUAACAAAAGAUGUGGUGUGUUUUGAUGCUGGGGACUUCAGCGAGGUCGUCCAGAGGUUGCAGCUGGAUCUGUAUGAGCCCCCGGUUUCGCAGUGUGUUCAGUGGGUGGAUGAUGCCAAGCUUAACCAGCUGAGGAGGGAAGGCAUUCGUUACAUUCACACGCAGCUCUGCGACGACGACAUUUACUUCAUCCCGAGGAACGUCAUCCACCAGUUCAAGACGGUGUCUGCAGUGUGCAGCCUGGCCUGGCACAUCCGCCUCACGCAGUACGGCUCCGACUACUUGAAGGAGGCGCAGCAACCAAAAGAUCUCAGCCCCACCUUGGGCCGAGUUUCCCUUUCCUCCCCUGCCAGACCCGAUUCCACAGCGACCCCCUGCGUGAGACCGCAGGGAGACAGCGUCCAUGGGGGCGUGGCCAAAACUAAAGAACCAGAGUUCCAGAGACCAGCAACCCCAUCCAAGAAGUCUCAGCCAGCCCCCCCACAGCCCACCAAGUCUGCACACCUCCCCCACCUGUUUCCACCCACUGCCCUCUCUGAGUGCACACCUUCAGAGGAGCCCUCCCUGCCAAAAUAACCCCCACCCAGCAGACCCUGUCUGUCCUCUGGGGCAGGAAGUGUGUAAAGGACAAGUCACUCGAUCAGGAAGCCUUUCAACAUCAAAUAUUUGUUACUUUUAUUUAAAUCUCCAAAUAC